GUCAAUGCCUAUACAAAAUCCGCGAUGAUAGUGUUAGACCUAGGCAUUUUCUAGGCGCGAACAAUGCAGAUGAAAUAGAAGCCAUACUCUCCGAUCGUGAAGGUCAUUCCUUACACGAAUUUAUUGAUGAAGAUGAGCCACUUUGUCCUGUUAUAGACUUUGAUUUACCAAUAGAAACAUUAAAUGCUAUUACCCCUAAGCUUUCAGGCGAAAUACUUACCUAG